GGUAAUUUACCGCUCACAGUCUACUGUUUAAUGCAGUUCAUCAAUCGCGUUAUCUCUGUUUACAAACAUUGCAAGAUAAGUUCUGAGUCAUACAUUACACCAGAAGGAAUCCCCUAAACACUGUGAUAGCGGUAUUUUACCUUGUUCCAUGCUGAUGUAUAAAAGCAGUAGCAUCUUAACAGAUGUUAAGCAGUACAUUUAGUUCCUCUUACAGCAGUAUUCCUAAGUAAUAAAAUAGACAUAUCCAAGAUGAAAUACAUCCUCCUCAUCGGAUUCUUCCUGGUAGCAGUUAGUGCUACUCCUCUAGAGAUAGCUGAGGAUGAAGAAGGUCAACAGUAUUAUAUGGUGCCUCUUAGCAGAGUAAGAAGAUCUGAGACACGUGGAGUGGUUAACGAACGCGGAGUCGGCGUGUCACACCAGGGGAACAUCUUCAACAGUGGUGGACAUCGCCUGGAUGGAUCAGCGUACGCGAACAAGAAUUUUGGCUCCCAUGGACUCAGACCUGACGCAGCCGGUGGACGGUUAGACUACAGCCACGGUUCCAAGACAUCGGCUUUCGCAGGGGCAGACCAUGUCAGAGGAUAUGGCACUGACGUUGGUGCUGGGGUCAGGCACAACAUCUACAGCUCGAAAAAUUUCAAUGUUGAUGCAGGAGCCAAUUACGGAAGGCAUUUUGGAGGUCCAGGAGGAACCGGUAGACCUCAAAUGGGAGGAUUUAUUCGUGGCAGUGGCAAAUUUUAAUAUAAAACCUAAAUUAUUAGUAUAGUUUAUUUAUUAUUUAUACCUUGAAGGUUUAAUAAAUGUAUAAUAAAUAA